ACAGUCGCUGACGGUCCACCGAGCUCUCCGAAUCGAACAGUAUACACUUGACACCUAUCGCGACCGAAAAACACACCGAAACGGUGUAAAUGUGACGAGAACCGAUUAGUGCAGUGGUUGCGACGCUCAGUUGAGGAGUUUAUUCAUUUAUUUUCCGAGAAGCCCAGACUAUACACUAGAUGUUCCACAGCCGCCUCGCCAUGUCCUCAGUCCUGCUCCUUUCCAUUCUGGGCGCUUCUGGCACUCAGCACUGCCCCAUGUGGCGCGAAAUAGCCCCCUGCACGUGCAGACUUGACUCCUACAAAAUCACGUCGAUCGCUUGCGACAACAUGACGUCAUUCGAGCAGGUGGAGAGUUUGCUGAGGGGGCGCUUCCAUCCGAUGGACAGGGUGUCGCUCAGAUUGGCAGCUUCGAAUAUGAGGGAUCUCGAAUACAGGGCGUUCAAGGAACUCAACAUGACCAUCGAGAAUUUGAAGCUGAACCGAGAUUAUAUCGGACGUUUGAACCCAGAGACUUUCGAGGGCCUCACAAAAGUGAACUACCUCAGCCUGGCAGACAAUGUGUUGGAAGAUGUUCCUCAACAACUAUGGAAGGAAAUGCCCAACGUCAAAACUCUCGAUCUGGGAAGAACCAAAAUCAAGACCCUUACCUCAGGCAGUUUUUCGGACCUGAAACAACUAGAAUGCCUCGUACUUCCUGGCAACCAGAUAUCAGAAAUGGACGUCAACUCUAUACCACAGCAAGUGCAAAGACUCCACAUCGGCCGCAACUACAUCGAGGAUCUGAACAGCACCCUGAGGAACCUCUCCGAGUUGGGAUGGUUGUUCAUCAACUGCAACAGGUUGACGAAUCUGGACAACCAGUUGCCUCGCAACGCGCCAAAUUUGAAAUUGAUUCACGCUUCCCACAAUUUCAUUGAAAGGUUGCCGCGACAACUCAAGAAUUAUCCGUUGCUGGAGUCCAUAUUUUUCCAGAAUAACAAGCUGAAGUCUCUGGACGGUGCCAUUUCGAAGUCCAACCAUCUGAUGAGGGCUGUUUUAGAGCACAACCAAAUCAAUACGAUUUCUGAAAACGACUUCGCUGAAACUGAAAUGCUGGAAUCCCUCCUCCUUGGUCACAACGAAAUAACUUCCCUGAACAACUCGCUAUUGAGCCUCAGGAACCUGAAUUUCCUCAAUCUAGCUUAUAACCGUCUUGUGGAAUUCUCUUUCCAAGAAGUGGCUGACCUUCGAGAUCUCAGAAGCAUCGAUCUUUCGUAUAACCGUAUUGAAACUCUCAUAGGACCAGCAACAUUGUUUCAGAAUUUGGUGGAUUGGAACAGCAAAUUAACCGAAAUCAAGCUGGAUCACAACAAUAUUGAAACCUUGAAUGGGGCCUUAUCUGGUUUGUCUGAGCUUCUGAGGCUCAACUUGAGCUUCAACAAACUCAAAAAAAUAUCUCCCGAAGAUCUGAUUGGAUUGGAACAACUGCGGCUUUUGGACAUUUCACACAAUCAUUUGACCACAUUAGAAGAAACUAGUAAGACAUAUCUGCCAAGAUUGUCGGAACUGAAAGCUAGCCACAAUUACCUAACGAUUUUGGAACGAGACUUUCAUGGUUUGCCUGUACUUUGCCACGCAGACUUAUCAAACAACGAAAUAGUCGCCCUUGGCAAGGAUCUGGUAGCAAAAACUCGUUGUACCAUUGAACAUGGAGUACAUGAAGGAACAUGGGACACCUUGAAAAUCUACCUACAAGAUAAUCCUAUUCUAUGUGAUGCUGCUCUACCAGACAUAAUGUCAGUCAUGGAAAUCAACCACACGAGAAUAUAUGGUGUAUCUCAUAACUGUCCUCCAUUGAGUGAACAACCAACUACUUCCAAACCCAAUGCUUUCUUUGGAUACAUUCCGGAAUCGACACCAUCACUACCAACUGUGAUAGCUGUGGGUCACAAUGUGGACUAUCAAAAUGAACAAAAUCAUGCCAAUAAUUCAGAUCUGGAAUUGGGGGUGCAAACACAAUAUGCAGUCAAAACAGAUCAGGAUGUUGUAGAAAAUCAACCCAUUGUUUUGAGUUUACAGAAACCACAAAAUGGCGAAACAAAGACUAAUGACAAUGUGAAACAAAUUCACGAUUUGAACAUAACUGUUGAAGCUGGAACGACAGCUAGGGCUGAAAUAUUUGAUCCAGUACAACAGGGUAAACAAAUAAACAAACUGGCUUCAGAGAUUGAAGAAUUGAGGUCUAGAAUUGAUGAAUUAUCAUCUCAGAAUAAACUACUACUGCAAACACAACUGAAUAACAGUAUUGUAAAGUCCGGUGAUACUUUAUCAGAACUUCGAAAGCCAUGAAAUAGUAAUGAAAAAAUAAGGGAAAUUAGUUUUCAAAAAAUAACUUUUUACUAGUCAUCCAGAACCUACUUCUACUUAGUUAGGUUUAAUGCUACUUCAGAAUAUUUUUACAGUGGACUAGAGUACAAUUAUCUAUAUUUUAUAAAUUUUUGAAGUUACAAAAGAGAUGUGAUAACAUAACAGAAAAUAUCUUAAUAUUAUUGCUAGCAGUAUUGAAAAUUCUAGCAUUUGUAAAGCUGGCCAUUUUUUAUUAGGUACAAGGUGUCUCUGUAUUUUGACCCGUACCUACAGCUUCAACUUUACG